AUGAAGAUCGAUGCCAUGGUAAGUUAAUUUUAGGGGUUUUUGUUAUUUGUUUAGGUUAACAUUGGUUUUGGGAGUUGGACAUCUUGCUAUUGAUGAAAGAAAGCUUAUCUUUGGCAAAAGUUAUUUAAAAUUCCUUUUAAAAGCUCUUAAAUUAAGUUUAUAAGCUAAUAAAGAUGUAUAACUUUCUAAAUUGACAGAAAACUUUUAGGUAUGGCUUUAUCUCUUGGCGGUGAUCAACAUCUUUAUGGCUGGAUCUGGUUAUUUUUUUGUUGAUCAAUUGUUAUCGAAGAAGUAUUAUUAUCGUGGUGUUACUCUUCCUACGAAAGCCAAUAUGGUUUUUUACAUUAUUCAGAUUAUUGCUGCUUUCCAUUGCUUUAUUUAUCUGCUUUUUCAAAAAACAGUCAUUAAAGCUGAAAAUUUGCCUUAUUUGAACGUAAGUUUAGUUAAUCUUGGGGUUAUUUGUAAAGAUAAACGAAAAAUUGAUUUUUAUAUCUUUUUGACAAUGUUUUACGAAUUAUUUUUUGCUAUUUAUCUUGUUUUUGCUAGUUUUAGGCUUGACUUGAGAAGAUUAUAAGGAAUACAAGUGUAAUAUUUACCUAUUUUUCAGUUCAUUUCCAUUCCAAUCGCAAUUUGGUGGGUAUUCUACUCAAUCUUCAGUAGAGUGGUACCAGUCGAGGUGGUUUUGCUGGCAGUGGCAUUAUUUGGAUAUUUUGUUAACCUGAACAUUGUUACGUAUGUCGAAACCGGGUAUUGUUGUUUCUCUGAAGAGGCUCCUUCUCAAUCCGGAGUUCAAUCAGUUCCAAGCAAAAAUUUCUUCAUGUGGCAUGAACUGCUGGUCGAGUUGGGGAAAAGAAUGCGAAGUUUCCAUGAACUGAAUGUAAGUUGUAUUGUUAUUUAUGAUUUGUCUUCGCCUUUAGGUUAUCGGAUUAGUCUGUGGAGUUUUCUGUGUGCUGGUUCCAGCUACUCGUUGUUACAUUGAUUACCGUGAUCGUCCGUUCCAAAUUUAUUGUUUCUCAGCGGUUAUUUUGGCUUUCAGCUGCUUUGAACUCAAGGCUUUCAUUGGACAUCGGAAAAAUGCGUUUUAUUAUACUAUGGUAGGUUACUGGGUCGAAUUUUUGGGUUUAUUAGUGGAAAAAUUACAUUUUGUGCUUUAUGUAGACAUGAGAAACGGGCCGGGCCUAACAUUCAGGCCCGGCCCGUUUCUCAUGUCUAGCAUUAUGAUUCAUUGCUUCAUAUUAUCUAUUAUACUACAAUGUUACUUCCGUGCGAAGAUGUAUUGAUGAUUCAAGACCUUUCUUUAAUAUAGUACCUGUUUUAUAUAUUAUAGUAUGAAUUUAGGCAACACUCUCACUACAUUACUUUACAAUCGCCGGCCUUUUGGCUUAUGCCUACACUUUUGACGACAAAUAUUACAUCUUCAUCUCAAAAAAAGCCAUUUUCGAGUAUCUGGCAUUUGGUUGUGCUUGCACUAUGGCCGCUGUUAUUCACAAUCUCUUCUACCAAAAGCUGAAAAAGGCCGACAACGUUGCUACCGUUUAG